AUGGCUUUUCCAAGGUUGUGCUUAACACUGCUGCUGUGGGUACUAUUCAUAGAGGGUGUGACCGCAAAGUAUUCCCAACCAUAUCUUCGUGUGGCGGCUCUUUCAACUGAGGAGCAAAAGCCGGAUGACUUUCGCCUCCUCUUUGAAGAAGAUCUAGAUUUCUACGAGAGCUUGCUGGGGUUUUCGUACGGAGCAUCCCUUCCACCGACGCCAUCACUUCCAUCACCAUCACCAGCUCCCACUAGCGGCAGUUGCCAAGACCUGCUUUGGAGCGACGAAUUCGACUCAUCGUUCCAGGAUUCUAUAUGGUCGUACGAUUUGGGAGCCAAUGGGUGGGGCAAUCAGGAGCUUCAAAACUACACACAAGAUAAUGUCCGUGUUUCAAACGGCAAUCUGAUUAUCACUGUCAAUGAUGGUGACGGUGAUAAUGGUAGCUUUACAUCGGGAAGAAUCCGUACCCAAGACAAGUUAGAAGUUGUUUAUGGAAACAUUGAAGCGCGCAUUCGAAUGCCUACUCUGGCCAAUGGGAUGUGGCCUGCCUUUUGGACCCUCGGAGCCAACUUUGAACAAGUCGGAUGGCCCAGUUGCGGAGAAAUGGAUAUCAUGGAAAUGGGAUCCGCCGAGGCCAUUGCCUCUGGAACAAUUCACAAACGUGUCAGUAGUGCCUUUCACUGGGAAAACCAAGGAGAACGAGUCUCGUAUUCGCUGGCGGCAACGACACCGACUAAUCUCAACGAUGGAGAGUUUCACGUCUUUCGAACCGAAUGGAACUCGACCCGCGUCCAGACAUUUGUCGAUGACAUUCGUAUCAUUGACUUUGAUAUCACACCCGAAGCUUGCACGGAUUGUACCGAAUUCCACCAACCACACUUUCUCCUUCUCAAUGUCGCCGUGGGAGGUGACUAUACUGGCAUCUUGGACGCAUCCGGAAUCACAGCGCCACUCCCUGCCACCAUGGAGGUAGACUAUGUCCGUAUCUGCAACAAUGGAGAAACGCGUCUCAGUGGAUCCGCCAUUGAAGACAUGGUCCAGUACGAUUUUGAUUGUGGGUCACCCACGACUUGUACAGUCGACGCUCUCAACAACUACGCUGGCGAUACCAAAUGUGGAAACCGCAUCCAGAACUGGAUGGAAACGGGAAUGACCCAACAAGAGGCUUGCUUGACAGUGGCGGGGACCGAGUUUCCUGCCGAAUGUGGAGUCUGUGCCAGACAAGUUCUUGACUGCGGCGUCGAGACUUGUACCGAUGCGGCUCUGGACGCCAGUGCUGCAGGUCCUACGUGUCGAGAUCGCAUUAGUUUCUUGAUUGCCCGCAACGGCGUGACGGAACAGCAAGCGUGCAACCGAGUGGCCGGAAGAGAGCAUCCGAACGAGUGUGGCGCGUGCAAUCCAAUCGACUGUGAUCAGCCAACCGUCUGCACACCCGAAGCAAUCAAUGCCGAUGCCAACGGCCCAACAUGCCUCGAACGAAUCCUGUUUUUGAUUUCCCAGGGCAGCUCCGAACUGGAAGCGUGCAAGCAAGUGGCCGGAGUGGAAUUUUCCCAAGAGUGUGGAGCUUGUAACGUCCUGGAUUGCAACCGACCAGUCACCUGCACAGAUGCAGUACUGGACAGACUGGCGGGAGAAUUCUCCUGCCGAGCUCGAAUCUCCUUUCUAAUCUCGUCGACCGGAAUGAGUGAAGAAGAUGCGUGUCGGCAAGUGGCAGGGGUCGAGUUUGCCGAUGCAUGUGGGCCUUGCUACGAAAAGCCGUUGGAUUGUGGUGUUCCUGAUUCCUGCACCUUGGAGGUGUUGGAAAAUGAUGCCGACGGAUUCCCUUGUAGGGAUCGGAUACUGUUCCUAAUGCAAUCCCAACCGGAAGAGCAAGCCUGCAAUCAAGUGGCUGUAGUGGAGUUUCCAGAUCAGUGUGGGGGUUGUGCUCCUCCCGUACUGGAUUGCGGUGUUCCCGAUUCAUGUACCUCGGACGUGUUGGAAAAUGACGCUGACGGAUUCCCCUGUGGGAAUAGGAUUGCCUUCCUAAUGGAUUCCUUGAACCAAUCGGAGGAGGAAGCAUGUCGUCAAGUGGCUGUCGUGGAGUUUUCGGAUCAGUGUGGUGGCUGUGCUCCUCCAUUGUCAAUCACACGAAGCAACGGAGAAUAA